CUAUAGCCCUAGAAGCGCCAUUUCUCGGUCUCCGUGUGUUCAUGUGAGCAGAGGGAGGGAGCAGCCAUGAAUGGGAGGGAGAAGCAGAAGCAGAAGCAGAAGCUACUGAUACUAUACGCAUCCCAAACUGGAAAUGCAUUGGAUGCAGCGGAGCGCAUCGCCCGUGAGGCCGAGCGCAGAGGCUGCCCUGUAACACUUCUCUCCAUCGACUGCUUCAAUGCCGGUUCUCUACCUUAUGAGGAGAAUGUGAUAUUCGUUGUUUCCACCACAGGCCAGGGAGAUACACCAGAUUCCAUGAAGGCAUUUUGGAAGUUUCUUUUGCAGAGAAAUCUUAGUCAGAGGUGGCUAGAAGGAGUUCAUUAUGCUGUGUUUGGGUUGGGUGAUUCUGGCUACCAGAAAUAUAAUUUUGUUGCAAAGAAGCUUGACAAAAGACUUUUAGAUCUUGGAGCAGUGGCUAUUGUUGAAAGAGGUCUGGGCGAUGAUCAGCACCCUUCAGGGUAUGAAGGUGCUUUAGAUCCUUGGAUGUCCUCCUUGUGGAAUACAUUGAGUAAAAUGAAUCCAAAAUUCUUCCCGAAUGGUAUAGAUUUUCUGAUUCAAGAUGCACACUUGAUUGAUCCACCAAAAGUUCAAAUCACAUAUCAUGAUGUUGACAAGGUGCAUUCACACUUUUCAACUGACUCAGAUUUGAAGUGUAUUGAGAUGCAGAUUGAGAGAGUUCGAUCAAUGCAUCCUGGAAAAUUUUCUCGUGACAAGAAUAGGCCAGACUGCUUUUUAAGAAUGGUUGAGAACCAUUCCUUAACUAGAGCAGGCUGUGAAAAAAAUGUGCUCCACAUUGAGUUUGAAGUUCUUUCAUCUGCUAUUGAAUAUGAAGUUGGUGACAUUGUUGAGGUUCUCCCCAGUCAGAGUCCCAUUGCUAUAGACACUUUCAUACAAUGGUGUAAUUUGAACCCUGAAUCAUUCAUCACAGUUCAUCCUAGAGAGAUGGAGAAUCACCUUCCCAAUGCUAAUAUAAAUGAUUCAAAGAUCCCAAUCAAAUUAAAAACCUUUGUAGAAUUGACGAUGGAUGUUGCGUCAGCUUCUCCCCGGCGCUAUUUCUUUGAGGUCAUGAGUUUUUUUGCUACUGCUGAACACGAAAAGGAAAGGCUUCAAUAUUUUGCCUCACCUGAAGGAAGAGAUGAUCUAUACCAGUACAACCAGAGGGAACGAAGAACUGUUCUGGAGGUAUUAGAGGAUUUCCCUUCAGUGCAAAUGCCAUUUGAGUGGCUGGUGCAGCUGGUUCCUCCAUUAAAAAAACGAGCUUACUCCAUUUCUUCUUCUCAAUUAGCUCACCCUAAUCAAUUGCACCUAACUGUGAAUGUGUCACCAUGGACAACACCUUUUAAGAGGAAAAGAACUGGUCUCUGUUCAAAGUGGCUAGCUGGACUUGAUCCUCAACAAGGGGUGAUUAUUCCUGCAUGGUUUAUUAAAGGUUCCCUUCCUGCCCCACCACCAUCAUUUCCUCUCAUUCUCAUUGGACCUGGGACUGGUUGUGCGCCUUUUCGUGGAUUUGUGGAGGAAAGGGCCAUUCAAAGUAGAUCUGGUUCAACUGCUCCCGUUCUUUUCUUCUUUGGUUGUUGGAACGAGGAUAAUGACUUCUUAUACAGAGAUUUCUGGUUGUCCCAUUCACGAAAUGGCGGUGUGCUUUCAGAAGAAAAGGGUGGAGGCUUUUGUGUGGCCUUCUCAAGGGACCAGCCACAGAAGGUCUAUGUGCAGCAUAAGAUGCGAGAGAACAGCCAGAGGAUCUGGAAUUUGUUGUGUGAGGGAGCUUCCAUCUAUGUUGCUGGUUCUUCAACUAAGAUGCCCUCUGAUGUAUUUUCUUGCUUUGAGGAAAUUGUAUCCAAGGAAAAUGGAGUUCCAAGGGAAUCUGCUGUGAGAUGGCUUAGGGCACUGGAAAGGGCUGGUAGGUACCAUGUGGAAGCAUGGUCUUGAGCAGACUUCUCUACAAUGUAGUGAUGUACCAAUUUUUAUGUUGUACACUACAUGUUUUGAUUGGGUGUUCAUGGAAGUGCAGAGUCUGGAAAAAUCAGGCAGGAGUUCGUAUGAUUUGAUUCAUGGUAACAGCUGGGAUAUGGAGUUGCCAAUCAACUAAGAAUUAAAUUUUGAUUUCAUGUACGAUAUCUUGAAUAUUUUCUGAGAUAUAUAAUUCAAGAGUUAAGGUUAUGUUUGGUAA